CUCAACACCAUCAUGAGUUGUGUGAUGCUGCGGCGCACUAAACUGCAGCUGCAAGAGAAGGGGCAGCUGACCUGCUUGCCUGAGCGCAGCACGCAUGACGUCAGCGUCACCUUGCAGCAGGAGGAGAUGAACGUGUAUCAGAAGGUCAGAUAUAACAGUAAGAGUCUUUGCGAUUCGGAGCGCCUCAACACCAUCAUGAGUUGUGUGAUGCUGCGGCGCACUAAACUGCAGCUGCAAGAGAAGGGGCAGCUGACCUGCUUGCCUGAGCGCAGCACGCAUGACGUCAGCGUCACCUUGCAGCAGGAGGAGAUGAACGUGUAUCAGAAGGUCAGAUAUAACAGUAAGAGUCUUUGCGAUUCGGAGCGCCUCAACACCAUCAUGAGUUGUGUGAUGCUGCGGCGCACUAAACUGCAGCUGCAAGAGAAGGGGCAGCUGACCUGCUUGCCUGAGCGCAGCACGCAUGACGUCAGCGUCACCUUGCAGCAGGAGGAGAUGAACGUGUAUCAGAAGGUCAGAUAUAACAGUAAGAGUCUUUGCGAUUCGGAGCGCCUCAACACCAUCAUGAGUUGUGUGAUGCUGCGGCGCACUAAACUGCAGCUGCAAGAGAAGGGGCAGCUGACCUGCUUGCCUGAGCGCAGCACGCACGACGUCAGCGUCACCUUGCAGCAGGAGGAGAUGAACGUGUAUCAGAAGGUGCUGGUGUUCUCUAAGACCCUGUUCGCUCAGUUCCUACACCAGCGCGCGGAGAAGGCGUCCGGCAUGCAGGGCCUAAUGCCACCCAAGAAGGACAGUGAAUACGCCAAGAUGCACAAGAAGAUGAUCGCUUUGCAAGGCGCAAAACCUGUCAAAUCUCACGAGAUCUUGGUGCUCCUGCUGCGCCUGCGUCAAGUGUGCUGCCACUGUGGGCUCAUCGCCGCCAUGUUGGACCACGACAACAACACGGAGCUAGCUGAGGACACUGGCAGCGAGGAUCUCCUGGCCGAACUCAACAAGCUCACUCUACAAGACAACAACACCUCCAGGAGACGAAGCGGUGGUAAGCAGGCUGAGAAGGAAGAAGAAGAGCCCGGUGAAGGUACCACCGCGGCGGAGGCGAUCAAGUCUGUGCUGUCCUCCAACAAUCCCGUGUUCAACCUACAGCGGCAAUCUUCCAAGAUAAAGGCCGUCAUGGAGUGCCUUAACAAAAAUAUUUUUAAGAAUAAAGGUGAGAAGGCUGUGGUGGUCUCGCAAUGGACUUCCGUCCUGAAUCUGGUGGAACGGGAACUAAAAGCUGCGCACAUAAAAAGCGUUACUCUUUGUGGGGACGUGCCGGUGGCUACGCGCGCGCCUCUCAUCAACGCGCUCAACGACCCAAAGUCCGACGUGCGGGUUAUGCUGCUAUCGCUUUGUGCGGGCGGUGUUGGGCUGAAUCUGUGCGGAGCCAACCAUCUACUCCUGCUGGACCCGCACUGGAACCCGCAGCUGGAGGAGCAGGCGCAGGACCGCAUCUACCGCGUGGGGCAGCUCAAACCCGUGCAUAUCUACAAAUUCAUGUGCGUGGACACAGUGGAACAGUCCAUCAGGCAGCUGCAGAAAGCGAAGCUGGAGAUGGCGGAGAACGUGCUCACGGGCGCUAAGAACACCAACGGCAAACUCUCCGUCGAAGAACUCAAGAUACUCUUCAACAUGGGGUCGUAGGGUUACUCAUAAAUAACGGGUAUAUACUACACAGGCAUAACGCAUAACUGUACCCUCAGUAACUUUACUUCUCAUUAAUGUUGAUAGUAUUUGAGAGUCAAAACAAAAUAACGUCGAAGUAAAGGUCCUAAAGAUUCUUGAUAUUCUGUACCAUUGAUUUUAAUUUCGCAACCGCUUGGAGCGCUGAUUGUAAAUAUAUGUACAAACUUGAGCAUUAAAACAAGGCAGUUAGGGCCAUUUUACUUAAACCCUAAAGUGUUUCAACUUUCAAAUACUAUCAACUUUGGUGAGAAGUAAAAUCUUAUACUGAGGGUACUGAGUAGGUUGAUGCGGUAGUAGAGUUGUGAUGACGUGACGCGAGAGUGACAACUGUCACCCUCCACUACCGCAGGAACCUACUCAGUUAUGCGCUACAUAAAGAUUAUAUCAAAUUGUUUUUUUUUUUUUUAACUUUUUCUAUUAUGAGUUUUUAUGUAUAAUAAGUGUAUAUAUAACAUGUUAUAAUAAGUGGCAGAUUGAGAUGGCAAUCGGGGUAUGAGGUGGGGGGGGGGACCCGGUUGCCAUCGCAACCUGUCGCCCACUAUAAAAAAGGUAUAAUGCAAAACUUUUCCACUGUCAUCCAGUUCUUUUUAUCCAAAGCCAACUGUACUACUGUCCUGUUUGUUCGUAUGUGCCAUAGCUCUGUGUGUUUAGCAUUGAUUUUAUUAAAAUAUUUUUUAAGUAAAGAACCCACCACAUAGGAGAUAUCGAGUCUGUUUAAAAUGGACUAUAGUUCUUAGUAUAAUAUUGAAUUUAGGACAGUGAGGGAACUAGGGAGAACAAUGUACAGUAAGACCAGAAAUUAUCAUUACAGGCAUAACGCAUUUAAAGGAAUCUUUAUUCGAUAUAGGUACUUUUCACAUAGGGACAGAAAUAAGUUCUCCCUUUUUUGUCUUAUGUUCCUUUAAAAGUUUUUUUUAUCUUUUUUAGGUUUAUUCUGGUCUAAGGGUCGAUUCACACUGAUGCAGAGUCGAAUCUAAUCGUAGCGACAAUCUAAAAAGCAAAGUGAACAAUUAUGAAUGUUAUGUAUAAAUGAGAAAAGAAUCGUCAUAUUUGUUCUAUCUAUGUCAAGUGUCAUGUCAAAGUACAGUAAGGCGAAAUCUCAAAAUUUAUGCACUAUAUUGAUCUUUAUCUCCAUUUUGUAAUACACUUAUCUAAAAAAAAAAAGACUCAAUUGCCAGAAUAUGGGGGCUUUUUCGUCGUUUUUUUCUGAGUAGAAAUUAAUGCAUCACGGUGUGAAAAUAGAGGUAAAUAAUAUAUUACCUAAAACUGUAGAUUGUUAGUUUGAAUCAUAUUGUGUUCAUCGCUUCGACCGUGUCAGUUUGAAUCUACCCUAUUUGUGUUGUCCCAUGUACAUGAGCCUUAAAAAAAAUUAUACAGAUAAUGUUACGAUAAUUCUGAAUUUUUAUUUUAUUUUAAUAGAAAAAAAAACGCAGAUUUCUUUGGAUGUAUUAUGUGAUGUAGUAUUAAUGAUAAUAUUUUAAUGAAUAAAUAAUUAUUUGUUUAUA